AUGGCGUCCAGCAGCUCCAGCAGAGAUGGACCAGAGUACCAUGGACACUCCUUAGGGUUGACUCUCUCCUUCAAACCGGCUCCCGUCUUGUGGCCCGGAGCGUCCAAAAUGGUGUAUCUUCUCUUUUCGGUCUCGAAGUACGACUUUCCCACCUCGAUGGUCUUACCGUCGUUUCUCUCUUCCUUGUUUGUGUCCAUGAUCCAAGAAAGAUACCAUCCUUGUCUUCCUGCGUCCUUGGCCUCUCUCUCGUACUUCUCGACGGUUCUCUUGUCAACAGCACCAGUCAAGAAUAGCAAGUUACCACCCAUCGUACUUUUUCCGGCAUCAACGUGUCCCAUAAAGAUGAUCGACAUGUGGUCCUUGCCGCCAAACAUGUCCUGCAAAACCGACUCGUCGAGCUGGUCCUCCUGCUCCUUGAUGACCGAGGCAGAAGAAACUGGCUUGGUAGUCUUGUCGAUCUUCUCCUUGGAAGCAGCCUUGGCAGACACCUUUGGCUCAGCUUUUGGCUCAGCUUUGGUCUCGACCUUAGCCUCGGCCUUCUUUGGCUCUGUCUUGACCUCCUCCUUCUUUGGCUCCUCCUUAGGCUCCUCCUUCUUUGGUUCCUCCUUCUUCUUGGCAGGAGCCUUGACGGUGCUACUGUUAAGGUUCAACUUCAGCUUGGUCUUUGGCUUGCUGGUCUUGCUAAGAGCCUCCUGUUGCUGUUUCUGGUAG